AUGCAGGAUGCACUCGAAACUGGCUGUGAAAAGUGUACUCAAACUCAACAGGAUAAAAUUACCAUCAUGUUGGAUCAUGUGAUUAAGCACGAACGUGGUAUUUGGAAGCAGUUGACCGACAGGUUUGAUCCUGAUGGUGUCUGGAGGAAGAAAUACGAAGAGCGCGCAAGAGCAAAAGGCAUUAUAAUUCCUCUAGAU